AUGGACACCAGCAAUGCUCAAACAGGACGCGAAAUUGAUCUUCUAGAACUAAAGGACACCCGCUUCAGAUUGCCUGGGAAUGUGGGCAUCUUUGUGAAUAACACUUGGCUGAAGAAGCUAGAAAAGAUGAACCAAGAGCAGCAACAGCAGCAACAGCAACAGACACAGCAACAUCCGCAGCAGCUUCAACCACUGAAAAGUACUGCGCUGACUAAUGAAGAGCUUUUGAAAAACCUCAAUGAAGACAAGCCCAUGCCCAACACAGACAUGUUCCUUGCAGAUGAUCGAGCCAUUCUGCAGUGUGAUGCCUUUGAAUGCCCCAUUCUUCUUGUGAAAGACUUUCAGGAGCUGUUUCCGAGUAACACGGCAAAUCUAAUUAAUGGCCUGACUGUGCUGACCAUCACUCAUAAGUCGCAAAAUGACAUGGCCGCCUGGUCUAGUGAAGUUAUCGCCGAGAGAGAUGAGUUGAUGGAAAAAUUUCUUUUCACUGCUGAUCGAAUGUGUUCUUAUCUUAAAAGCCAAGGUUUCUGGGCCGACUUUAUUGAUCCCGCCUCUGGAAGAGCGUAUCACGGCGAAUACACACCUUCCACGUUCUUUGAAACUGACGAGAGAUACCGCAAAUUCGGCUUUGAAAUUGAAGACCUCGGAUGUUGCAAGGUGAUUUCACACAGCAAAUGGGGCACCAAGGCGUUUGUAGGCGCUCUAUUUACAAACGCUCCAGUGGAUCACGCUUCAGUGCAGGCUCUUUGUAUUUAUAUGGAUGAUUAG